CUUGACAAAAGAGUUGUGUCCCUUGGUGCGUCAAGUCUGCUUUAGUCGAUUUCUUUUCCGAUUGAAAAAGCUAUGGAUUUAGAUCUUGCAUUCGACGACAGCGAUUUCCAGAGAAAGGAAGAAUUAAAAGUGGGACAGUCAACGUCUUAUAACGUGAAAAUGUGUACAGAGUUGUGGUUUGAAAGAGAUCCUGACGAAGAGGACACAGAAUAUCGAAUUCAGCAGCUGAAAUUCAGUGGUGACUACAACUACUUCCAGGGAAACUUUGAGGCAGCUACUUUUAAAUACCAGGAGCUGCUAGAUUUAUUACCAGCCAACAACUUCCCAGUGAGACAAGAUGUGGAAGAGUCCCUUUCCCGAUGCUACAUGAAACUAAAUCGGCAUAAAGAGAGCAUUCAGACUGCACAAAAACUGGUAGACAUGAUGAAGGUGUAUGAUGAGGCUAAGCAGAGGCAGAGUUUGAUCCUUUUUUCUCAGGUCUGCAAAUGUGCAAAAGAUUGGCCAGGAUGCAUCACUGCUCUUGAGCAGUUGGCACAUCACCAAAGCCAUUAUGCCCAGUUUUGGCUAGAUUUAGCAAAUGCUUAUUAUCAAUACUCACACUCAGAGGGAGAAAGCAUCUCUUACAAUUUUCAAGUGCGAAUUGUGACAUGUUACAUCCGUGCAAGGCUUUUGUUGGAGUCUGUACUAAAUACUGUGGGUCAAAUGACCAAAGAAAGAAAUCAAAAACUAAUAGCUGAGAUUGACCAGGAACUUAGCCAUCUGAAUGUAAGCUCAGAGUUAAUUGACCAGGCAGCAGAGAUAACAAGGGCAGAUAUUGAGUGUCAAGAUGCUCUUUCAACCAAUGGAGAUGAAGAAGAUAUUGAAGAAAAACAAAAGGAGAAGGAGAAAUUUUGUGAAGAGGCCUUUUUUAAAAGAUGGUUUUCAUGGGCAGGAAAAGGAUUACCAUGAUAAUUAAACACAUCUUUGCUGA